CGGACGGCGAUCGACGGUGGCGCCCGCUACGCGGCGAAUAAACGCGACAAGGCCGAUCCAGUUUGGCGACAUGUUAACUACUUACGGGCUGUAUACAUUUAAACGGAUAAACAGUGACUUUUAACGUGGAAAAUGGUGUUGUGAGCCUUCUUGGUGCCGCCCGUGUUAAUCCCGCGCCCUUUGCCCGUCCCCCGGUGGCGAAAAGUAGCGGCGCCGUGCCCCCCGCGCCCUCCCAAUUCGGGAUUUUCUGGGGACAGGGUGUACCUUAUAUAGGAUAUAAUAUAUAUCUCUCUCUCUAUAUUAUCGUCGGAGUUUCACACGCGCCCGUAAUUAAUAAUAAGAAAAACGGUUAAAAAAAUUGAGCCAGGUCUAUUUUUAAAGGCGCCUUUCUGUUGUCUACCAUUAAUAUAAUAUAUUAUAUCCGUCUCUACGGUCUACGCUAUUUUCGCUAUACGGCGGGGUAAAAAUAGCCUAUGUCGCCGUGAGGCCAUUUUUUUCCCAACCAAUAAUUUUGCACAACCGGGGACUGUUUUUUCGCAUAGAUUCCCGUUCUGGAACGAAAUUUACUCCCGCAAGGACUUUAAUCGAGCGACGUUUUCAAGGAGAACCCUCGUCUUAGGACAAACACAAAUCACAUAAAACCAGCAUGGUUUCGAUAUUCAAAACACAGUGAUGGCACUGGCGAGGUGAAAGAGCGCACAAAGAGGAUCCCCGCGGGCGGAUUUCAGUACAGGGAAAACUAACCACGGUGGCUUCAGGCCCGGAGUGUGGCCCCGUGGCCGACAAGGGGGCCGAUUGUUGGCCGUGCAGGUGGUCCCCGUUGGCGGCCAUGGGCUGUUUCGGCGACCGGGACGCCGGCCAUGCCAACGAAGACAUCCGAUCCCAGAAGAGGAUCAGCGACCAGAUCAACAGGCAGUUGGCCAAAGAGAAACAGGUCUACCGGGCCACCCACAGGCUGCUCCUACUGGGCGCCGGGGAGUCCGGCAAGUCCACCAUAGUAAAACAGAUGCGGAUCCUCCACGUGGACGGGUUCAACGAGCGCGAACGCAAACAGAAAAUCGAGGAUAUCAAGAAGAAUAUCCGGGACGCGAUCAUCACCAUAACGGGGGCGAUGUCCACCCUCAGUCCGCCGGUCCAACUGGAAAAACCGGAAAAUCAGGUGCGGGUCGACUGGAUCCAGGACGUGGCCACCGGCCCGGACUUUGAUUAUCCGACCGAGUUUUACGAACACACCGAGGCUCUCUGGAAGGACAGGGGCGUCCAGAUGACGUACGAGCGAAGCAACGAAUACCAGCUAAUCGACUGCGCGAAAUACUUCCUGGACAAAGUAGACGUGAUCAAAAAACCCGAUUACACGCCCAGCGAGCAGGACAUCCUCAGAUGUCGGGUGCUCACCAGCGGCAUCUUCGAAACCCAGUUUCAGGUGGACAAAGUGAACUUCCAUAUGUUCGACGUCGGAGGGCAACGCGACGAGCGUCGCAAAUGGAUCCAGUGCUUCAACGACGUAACCGCGAUCAUUUUCGUCACCGCGUGCAGCUCCUAUAAUAUGGUUCUGCGCGAGGAUCCGACCCAGAACCGGCUCAAGGAGUCCCUCGAGCUGUUCAAGUCGAUCUGGAAUAACCGCUGGCUACGGACCAUUUCCGUCAUCUUGUUCCUGAACAAGCAGGAUCUGUUGACUGAGAAAAUCAAAGCCGGUAAAAGCAAGUUGGAAGACUACUUCGCGGAAUUCACGCGGUACCAGCCCCCCUCGGACGUGCCCAACGAGAAUAACGACGAUCCGGAAGUGAUUAGGGCCAAGUACUUUAUCCGCGACGAGUUCCUCCGCAUCAGCACAGCCUCCGGCGAGGGCAAACACUACUGCUACCCCCAUUUCACCUGCGCCGUCGACACGGAGAACAUCAAGCGGGUGUUCAACGACUGCCGCGACAUCAUCCAGCGCAUGCACCUGCGCCAAUACGAACUCUUAUAAUACCCCUGACCGACCAGGGGGGGCCAGCAGCAAAGAAAAUUAAUUAAAAACAUAAAUAAGUUUAAAUACAAAAAAAAAAUUAAAUUAACUAAAAAAUAAUAAAAUGAAAAUCGACGUGGACGGACGGACGGACGGACGGCGUUACGUCGGCGGCGGUUUAACGCGCGCUUCUUACGGGUAUUCGUACACAAAAGUCUUUACUAGUGAGGAUUCUUCAUAUAUUUCCUUCUCCCUCCUCCACUCCCUUGUUGUACAGGAUGUUUUGGGUAAUUCGUUAUGAAGGUUUUUCAGUUCAGUUUUUGUAUAUAGGAAGUUUUUCGCAUUAAAAUGGGGUCGUAACUUUAUUUUCAGCGGUCUGGAGUUUGCCUUGAACCAGCAGUACUCUUGAGUAAAUUUGUUAAUAAUUUUCGUUCUACUGCUCAGAUCAUAAUCAUUUUUGUCUUAAAAGUUUCUUUGGAGUGUUGGGCAGCUUUUAUUAAAAGAAUCACGAAAAUCCGUCGAGUAGAAGACUUUUUAUUUAAUUUUUUCUAAGUCGUGUCUAGGAAUCACUUGGGGAGGACCUCGCUCUUGAGUAAAUCGGUUGAUAACGUCACUUCUAGUACUCAGAUCGUAAUGGUGUCUACAUUAAAAGUUUCCCUGGAGUAUUCCGCAGCUUUUACUGAAAGAAUCAUUGAAAUGCGAGGAAUAGAAAGUUCUGUAUCCAAAUUUUCAGUGACUCGUGUCAGAAACUCCAAGGGCCAUAACUUCUUAAAAUAUACGCCUAACCUUCAUAAUUCUGAACUAUUCUGGAACAUCCUGUAUAACCCCUCUCACCCCCACCCCGAGGGACAUCCUGUAUAGAGAAAGAGAGAGCACUUUAGAAGAUGAUGCAAGAGCGCGUCCACUAUUCGCUAUUUAUUUUGUUUUAUCGGGGGGGAACCGCCCGCCGUCCCGAACGAAUAAUUGAUUAAUUAAAAAAAAAACAUAAUAACAAAAAAAAAACGCGAUUACUGCCAUAAUUUAAUGUACAUAAGAUGAUAUAGCCGCGCUUUUGCAUCGCCACCGGUACGACCCCCUCGGCCGCCCCCUUUUUCCUUCGCCGCCAAAAAUAUCCGUCAAUUAAGGGGGGGCGGGGGCUGAUAUAUUUGAGAGUCGCGAGGGAGAUGGGGAGGAGGAUUUCUUGACUUACGCACAUUGAAUUUUAUUGGAAAAAACCACCCUGCCAGAGCCAAUUUUCCCGUCGUCCUUGUCCGUAAUAGACUUUGAAUGGUUUCUUAGUUAGGAGGACCAGUUGAACUACUUUGGGGAAAACGGUGAACUUUUUAAUGUUGAUUUUUUUGGCACCUUAAACCGCCAAAUUUGACUUAAAAUAGUUCAAUGUUUACCCAAUUCUGGGUGAAAAAGGGUAAUUUUGUGUGACUUGAUGGUGCACAAAAGAGCCUGAAAAUUGGAGGAAAGUGUAGAUCGAAGGUUUUCGGGUCUUACAGUUUGAUUUUCAAUCGUACAAAGCUUUGAAAUAUCGGCAAUUAUGCGUUUUUAGUACAAUUUUUCAAAUUAGAUCCAUGAAUUUAUAGAAUUUUACGGAAAUUUAAAAGCAAACGUUUUUUUCCAGCUUUUACUAAAGGAAUUAAGAGAAUCCAUGGACUAGAACUUUUUUGAAUCCCUUUUUUAGUGUACUCUUGGGGAAAAUUGUUUAAUAACUUUACUUUUUGUACUCAGAUAUUAAUAUUUUUUAUUUUAAAGGUUUCUUUGGAAUAAUUCCAAGGUUUUAAUGAAAGAAUCAAGAAAAUCCAUCAAAUAGAAACUUUUUAAGCAAGUUUUUGUAAACCAUGUCUAGUUUUUACUUCAGGAGCCAGUACCCGUGGGUAAAUUGGUUAAUAACUUUGGUUCCAGUGCUCAGAUCGUAGUAAUUUUUGCUUUAAAAGCUUCCUUAGAAUAUUCGGCAGCUUUUAUUGAAAGAAUCGAGAAAAUCCAUGGUAUAGAAAAUUUUUUAUACAAAUUUUGUAAGUCAUGCUUAGUGUUUACUUGGGGGAACCAGUGCUUUUGGGGAAAAUUGUUCAAUAACUUUACUUUUUGUACUCGGAUAUUAAUAUUUUUUAUUUUAAAGGUUUCUUUGGAAUAAUUCCAAGGUUUUAAUGAAAGAAUCAAGAAAAUCCAUGGAAUAGAAACUUUUUUAUGCACGUUUUUGUAAAACGUGUUUAGUUUUUACUUCAGGAGCCAGUACCCGUGGGUAAAUUGGUUAAUAACUUUGGUUCCAAAGCUCAGAUCGUAGUAAUUUUUGCUUUAAAAGCUUCUUUGGGAUAUUCGGCAGCUUUUAUUGGAAGAAUCAAGAAAAUCUAUGGAAUAGAAAAAUUUUUAUACAAAUUUUUGUAAGUCAUGCUUAGUGUUUACUUGGGGGAACCAGUGCUUUUGGAGAAAAUUGUUCAAUAACUUUACUUUUUGUACUCAGAUAUUAAUAUUUUUUAUUUUAAAGGUUUCUUUGGAAUAAUUCCAAGGUUUUAAUGAAAGAAUCAAGAAAAUCCAUGGAAUAGAAACUUUUUUAUGCACUUUUUGAAAACCAUGUCUAGUUUUUACUUCAGAAGCCAGUACUCUUGGGUAAAUUGGUUAAUAACUUUGGUUCCAGUGCUCAGAUCGUAGUAAUUUUUGCUUUAAAAGCUUCUUUGGGAUAUUCGGCAGCUUCUAUUGAAAGAAUCAAAAAAAUCCAUGGUAUAGAAACACUUUUAUACAAAUUUUUGUAAGUCAUGCUUACUGUUUACUUGGGGGAAUCAGUGCUCUUGGAAAAAUGGCUUAAUAACUUUACUUUUUGUACUCAGAUUUUAAUAAUUUUUAUAUUAAAAGUUUCUUUGGAAUAUUUCCAAGCUUUUAAUGAAAGAAUCAAGAAAAUCCAUGGGAUAGAAACUUUUUUAUGCACUUUUUUGAAAACCAUGUCUAGUUUUUACUUCAGGAACCAGUACUCUUGGGUAAAUUAAUUAAUAACUUUGGUUCUACUGCUCAGAUCAUAUUAAUUUUUGUUUUGAAAGUUUCUAUAGAAUAUUCCCAAGCUUCUAUUGAAAGAAUCAAGAAAAUCCAUGGUAUAGAAAAUUUGUUAUUCAAGUUUUUGAAACUUAUGUCUAGAUUUUACUUCAGGAGCCAGUACUCUUGAGUAAUUUGGUUAAUAACUUUGCUUCUAGUGCUUAUAUUAUAAUAAUUUUUGUUUAAAAAGUUUCUUUGGAAUAUUCCCCAGCUUCUAAUAAAAGAACCUACAAAAACCUUUCAAUAGAAGUAUUUUUAUUCAAAAUUAGUUAAUAACUGUACUUCUAUUACUCAGAUCCUAAUAACUUUUACCUAAAAACGUUCUUCAGCUUACAAAAGAGAAAAAUAGAGCGAGUAUAUAGUAUAUAGUUGGUCCUCCUAGCAGAAAAAAACCUUCUCCCUCCGCCCCCCAAAAUCGCCAAUUUUCCCUCCUUGUUUCCUUCUAGCGCAGCCAGAGUGAGCGGACAGUGCAAUAAACGACAUUAAAAAAAAAAAGAGCGCGUCGACUUUAAUUUAAUUUCUUUCCUUUUCUUUUGUUGUGAUACGAAACGUGCAUUUUUUCCUCGAGUGUGACGUCUUUUUAAUAAUUUAAAAAAAAAAAAACGCGACGCGACGCGGUCAGAACGCGCCCGAGCGAUUGUCACUAGGGACUCAGUUUCAAAUUUUAAAUGUCUCCUUAGAUGGUAAAAAAUUAUUAUUAUUAUUAUUAUUAUGAUUAUUAUUAUUAAAAAAAAAAGAAACCAAAAUAGACCAGUGAAUUUGUGUUUUUAUAUAGUGAUAUAAAUCAUAUAGGACCUUAUCUGUGUCAGUGUACAUUUCUCCCGCCAUUUUUUCACCCGUGUGGACAUUGUGUACAUUUUUUUCGGUCGGCGUAUAAUUGUUGGCGGUCUAAAUUGCCUUUAUUCCUUGUUUUUUUUUUAUUGUUGUUUUUUUUUUUGGGUUCUGUGCCAAAAUUUUAGUAGAAAUUUCGACCGCCCCAACCACCCGACAUAUAGUGAACAAACCUGUACGUUUAUUAAUUAAAUUAUUGUAAUAAUUCAGUUUUUCGAUGAAUGAAAACCGAAGUAAAACAAAAAAAUGUCAUUAUUGUUGUUUAUAUGUAUGUUAAUUUUACAAGAAAAUGUUAACCCUGUUUUUACAUAGAGAGCAUUUUUAUAUUUAUUUUUUUUUUUUUUGUUAUAUUUAUAACUUUAUCCGGUCAGCCAGUUUUGUUAAUUAGUGCAAUUAUUAGUUAUUAUCGCCUAUUAGGAUACACACGUCGGUCUUUAUUUUUCAGCUUAGAAUAUUUUGGAAGCCCUGUAUAUUACGAUGAAUGUUUACAAUCAGACCUUUUUUAGCUCUGUGCAAUUAUUAUUAUUAUUAUUAUUUUUUUUUAAUAAAUAGGUUUUGACGUCCGUAUUUUUUUAUUUUUGUUCUUGUUUUGGUUCGUUGGGAGUACUUUGAGGAGUAGCAAACUCACUUGUCAGGCUUAUAACUUUACUUCUAAGCCUUAGAUGGGCUUGUUUAUCAUUUUAAUAGUUGCUUUAGGAUGUUCCCUGGGUUUUAUUGAAAGAAUGAAGGAAAUCCAUGCAAUAGAAUUUUUUUUAUUCAAUUUCAGGAAUCCCAUAGGUAAAUCUUAGGUAACAUGACUUAUAACUUUACUUCUACUGCUCAUGUUUUCAUGAUUUUUAUCUUAAAACGUUUUUUGAACUGUUCUUUAGCUUUCAGUGAAAGAAUCAUCAAAAUCCACGCACCGGAAGUUUUUUUAUUCAAUUUUUGGAAAGUUAUGUCUAGUGUUUGCAAGGGAAAUUGAGUCAGUUUUGGGUAACUUGGGUCAUAUGUGUUGGUCAGAUCGACUUCAUUUUUAUUUUAAAACAUUAUCUGAAUUUAUUUUUAACUUUUAUUUAAAGAAUCAAGAAAAUCCAUGGAAUAGAAACUUUUUGAUGCAAGUUUUUGUAAGUCAUGUCUAGUUUUUACUCAGAAACCCCAGUAUUCUUGGGUAAAUUGGCCCAUAUCUUCACUUCGACUGCCCAUAUUUUUAUGAUUUUUAUUUUAAACGAUUCCUUGGAUAGUUUUUUAGCUUUCAAUGAAAAAACCAUUAAAUUUCGUUGACUAGAAAACAUUUUAUUCAAUUUUUUGAAAGUUGGGUCUAGUGUACAUGAAGAAUUAACCAGUAUUCCCAGAUAACUUAGCUCAUAACUUUAUUCCUAUUGCUCAUAUUUGCAUGAUUUUUCUCUUAAAAGCUUCUUUGCCCUAUUCUUCAGCUUUUAGUAAACAAUUCAUUAAAAUCUUUGGACUAAAAAAUGGUUAUUCCAUCUUUUGAAAUUUGGGUGUAGUGUCUACUUGGACAAAUACCCAGUACUCCCAAAUACCCAGUACAGCUAUAUUUGGAUGAUUUUUCUUUUAAAAGUUUCUUUGCACUAUUCUUAGCUUUCAGUAGAUAAGUCAUUAAAAUCCUUGUACUAGAAAAUUUUUUAUUCUAUCUUUUGAAAAUUGGGUCUAGUGUCUACUUAGAAAAUUAACCAGUAUUCCUGGGCAAUUUGAUCGAUACCUUCACUCCUACUGCUCAUAUUUUCAUGAUUUUUUUUUUUAAUUCGGAGCAAUAUUCGUCAGCUUUCAGUACAAAAAUUCAUCAAAAUCCUUAAAUCAAAAAAAUUUUUAUUAAAUUUUUAAAAAAAUUUAAUCUAGGGUCUACUUGGACAAGAACCCAGUAGUCGCAGAUAACUUCGCCCAUAACUUCUUUCCUACUGCUUAUAUUUGCAUGAUUUUUCUUUUAAAAGCUUCUGUGCACUAUUCUACAUCUUUCAAUAAAAAAAAUCAUCACAAUACUUGACGCAAACAAUUAUUUAUUUAUUCCAUUUUUGAAGAAAACUUGAUUUCUAACAUGCUCAAAUAGGUUAGAAUUUUACUGUUAAAGCCCCCUAAGACAUUCUUUAACUUCUACAAAUUAUAAUAAGGCGAAAACUUAAAUAAUAUGAUGACUUUUACACUCCUCACUGUAUCCUCCUUCAACCAAAACCUAUGGCAGUCAAAACAGUUUUUUUUUUCAUAAUUGCAUUGGACUAUUGAACCACAAUCCAGCCUCCUCAAUAUGGGGGACGUUUGACUAUAAUUUAAUCUGCCCCUCUUUUCCUCCCGCCCCCUCCUCCCUUUUUAGCGUUGUUUUUGUAAAGAGUACUUAAAAGGUAGUAAAUGAAUCGCAGAAUAAAUACAAAAAUAUACGUAAGAUAACUUACUAAACUAAAAACAAAAAAAAAACCAGUGGAAAGAAAUAACUUAUGUGGAUUUGUCUUUUUUAUUAUUCGAAUUAAAUGGCGCUGUAUAGUAAAAUCUAUAAAUAUUUUCCCUAUCUCUCUCUUUUGUUAAUUUUAAGUACUGUAUUAGCUGUAGCGGCUUUUUUUAGGACAUAUUUUAAUGUGUAUUCAAGCAGCCUCGUCUAAAGUAGGGAUUUUACGUAAAGAUCCCCCGUAAAGAGGGGGUGCGUAAAAAUUAUACUUUUCCGGCUGCCGAUCUCUGAAAAACUUAAGCUCAAAUGUGGAAAACGGUUCAGCUGACGUUUAUUAUACAGUGUCGUUUAAAAUAAAAACUGUACUAAGGAAUAAAAGUGUUAUAUGGUA